AUGGGAGUGCAAGACGUCAAGACCAUCCAAAAGGCUGCUGCAGAGGCAUUCUUGCAGUAUCGACUGGAGGAAAUGGACGCCAAACUGGACGCCAUUGGACAACAGCUGGAAGGCAUGGAUCAAACCUUACAAUCUCAGUGGGAGAGAGUGGAAGCACAUGGUCGAGACCUGGAGACCGUCCAAGCUCACGUGCAAGAAUUGCAAGUCAAGAUGCAACGGCACGCGCAAGCCGCCAAAAAGUACAGAGUCCCUCGAAAGAACAAUGUGGCGUCCGAGUCGGAGGAGGCCUCAUGA